AGAGAGAGAGAGAGAGAGAGAGAGAGAGAGACAGAGAAGGGAAUGAUAGCGCUUCGCGCCAAGGGUGUGCCGUGUUACGUCUGAGUCUGUCAGAAGUGUGCGAGAUGAUAAGAUAUCCCAAAGAAAAUAUUAUAAAGUUCGAUUUUUGUUAAGUCUAACGAUAAGUGAAAAAGAAAAGGGAAAGAGAAAGGAAGAAGAAAAGAAAAGAGAGAGAGAAAAAAAAAGAAAAAGAAAAAAAAAAGCGAAAGAAAAAGAAAUUAAUACAAGUGUCAAUGUGUUUGUUGCUGCUCGCCAUUUUGUAUUAGAAAACUUUUCUCUCUAUCUUUCUUUCUCUUUGUAUUUGUCCGGUUUGUCUGCCUGUUUGUCUAUUUGUCUGCCUACCUGUCCUGAGUGUCUGUCUGGUUGCCUGUCUGUCUAUCUAUCUAUCUAUAUCUAUCCCCCCCAGCCCCCCUCUCUUUCUCUCUCUUUCUCUCUCAUUCUCUCUCUCUUUCUCCUCUUUUUCUACUUUCUGACAAGUUGACAAGUAUAUAUAUCCUGAUCUUUGGAUUGAUCUAGAUAAAGGGAAUAUAUUGUAUAGAAUUUAGGGAUCAUUGCCCUUUGAGAGAACAAUAAAUAAUGUCAGACUGCGAGGACAGCGAGGAUUCCUGCGGUGAGGAGGAAUUGGUUCCUAAAUGGGAAUUACGAAAGGAGUGGCUUGAAGGCAUAUUUGAAAAGCAUUUUGAGGAACCAGUUUUUGUACCUGAAUUCAAAAUCAUUCCGAGAUGCACGUCGAACGACAGUGUUCUAAGCGAUGUCACUUAUGCCGAAGCUAUAGUCUAUUCUAAAGUUGUCCGGCGCAGAAUAGGAAUCAUCAUCAAACGAUUACCGGACGAUCCCUUCAGUCGUUUCUUCGUGACCGAGGGUCAAUACGAUCUACGUGAAAUUAAAUUUUACACGCAGAUAAUACCGGACUUGAAGAAAUUUGAAGAUAUACAUAUCAAGGGAGAUCGAAUAAGUCUGGAAGAAAUGUAUGAUAAUUCAUUGAAGGUACCAAUAUGUUAUUACGCUCAUUAUAGUCCACCUGGAGGAACCGAUGAUAGCCCUGUACCACCGGAAUCGAUGUUGGUUUUAUCUGAUUUUGAUGCAACGAGCAUUAAAUUCUCCGAAGGAUUGACAUUUGCUGAAGCAAAAGCUGCCUUGGAUUCUAUAGCCUCGAUACAUGGUCUAUCGCUCAGCAUGAAAAUUAUAGACGGGAAACCUUUGCCGGAACGUUACCCAUUCCUAUUUCAAAAGGCCAAAGCGACAGAUUCUUAUCAACAAAUGGUAGAACGAGGAUUCUCUCAAUUGGCACGCUUUUUAGAACGUGUGCCAGGACUCGAAACUGUUCUCGAAGCUCUUAUGGCACUUCGACCAAAAACCAAAGACAUCAUCAUGACCCUUCUUGCUCCAGAAGGUCCAUUAGCUCUGAUCACGCAUACGGACUUCUGGUGUAAGAAUUUACAAUUUCAUUAUGCCCAGGAACGUACUACAUGUUUCAUUCUCGAUUGGCAAAUGGUUGCUUAUAGCAGACCAACGAACGACGUUGCAUUAUUAUUGUUAAGCUCAUUGCCAAGCAAAUUGCGCCGAAAACACACGGAAUCUCUUUUGGAUUCAUAUUGGAUCGCUUUAAAUCGUUCCUGCUUCCUUUACGGAGUUGAUAUACCAAAAGAUCUUGGAUAUACGAGGAAAGAUCUCGCUAAGGAUUAUAGAAAAUCUCAAUUAUUGGCAUUAUUACUUUGUAUUGGAUCUAUAGAUAUAGCUUUGGGACAUCCACAAACGGAACAACGUUUAAUCGAUGUACUUCAAGAUCUUCAUAAUGAUGGCAUAUUAACUGAAGAGAUUGCAAUAACGACGACAGAAGCGGAAGCUUAAACGGCCUUCCUAUCAAUGGAAUUAUAAUUUCUUCCUAUUCCAGUGAAAAGAAAAAGAAAAGGGGGCGAAAAAAAAAAAUAACAUAUAAUACACGAGCCAAGCUCUUCCAAAUGGGCCGUAGGAAGGUUUGUACUUCCAAGCUCUCUCGCUUCGAAGAUAUGGUAGCAGAAUUUUUAUGUCGAUGUGUAGACUUUAAUGCCAGCAAUGAUUAUUAAAGCAGUAUUAAAGAUCGGGCAAAAGUGUGAUAAUCGAUUACAUGAAUAUAAAGGGCAGUACCGUAUCUCUUCUUUUUUUUUUUUUAUUAUUUUUUUUUUUUUUUUACCUUCAUGAAAAGAAAAGGAAGGAAGGAAGAAAAGAAAAAAAAAAAAGAGAGAAAUUGAAAAAAGGAAGAAGAAGAAGACAAAGAACAUGAAAAAAAAAAUACAAGGAUAAAAAACUGGGUCAAAAACUAAGGAUAAAAAAGAAAGAAAAGAAGAGAAAAACGUUCAAUUGAAAAAUUAUAAAGUGCGUAAAAUAUGAAUUUGAUGAGGAUGUCAUUGAACCGACGGUAGAUUUAACAUGCACUACUUUCAUAUUCCUACCAUGUGCUGCUCUGCACGAUCUUCUAAUUCACGGCACAAUUUAAUGAAAUCGAUAUAGGCCAUAAAACUCAUUGAUAUACGAUUCGAAAACGAAUGAGAAAAUAUACAUUUAGUAAUGAAUGCGCUUUUUUUUUUUCCUCAAGCAUAACGUGUAACAUUAGGUAUUAAUGAACUUUUUAUCGACAACCUUAUAUAUAACAUUUCGCCGAUACUUCUGCUACUGUAAACCUUUUUAAUAACGUACCAUGUAUGUGUAUAUGGAUUGAGUUUUCAAACAUCUAUAUAUUAACGACGUGCUAUUUUUCUGUGCAUCAAAUUGAAAUGUGUUUAUUAAUAUAAUAUUUUAUAUUCGUUAAUAAGAACGAAACAUUUGUUAGACAUCAUCCUAAGAGAAAAUGAUAAUAAUGCUAUUUAUGGGUGCUCCUUACUAUUUAUGGGUCAAAUACAUUUCCUCACCGAUCAUAUUAUUCUAACGAAUUAAAGAAAGAAAAAAAAAAAAAAAAGAAAAAAAAAAUAUAUAUAAUAGAUUAAUCUGUUUUGUAAGCUAAUUUCUUAUGUUAAUUAAAAAGAAAAAGAGAAAGAACAAAAAAAAACAAAAAAAAAAAAAAUACCACAUUUUGUUUCAAUAUAAAUAAAAUAUACUUCGAUGUUGUCAUGAAA